AUCAUUUUCUUUCUGCAUCUGUUCUUUCAAUCUUUAACAGAAACAAACAAUUACCUAAUUUGUUUUCUUAAAUUAGAAAACCAAACCAAACCAAAUCUUGGUACUAAUAUCCAGUAUCCGAAACCGAAAUUUAAAUAAUGCCGCAGGCGUUAGAGGAAGAAUUAUUUCCUUCAACACCCGGCAAGAUUAAAAUCCAUCAUAACACGAUGAAUAGAGCGAUAUCAAGAUGUUUCACGUCGACAACUACAAUGAUUAUCUGGGCAUUGUUUUUAAUAGCAUUGAUGGUGUCAUAUAUGUCUAUACAAAGCUUUGUAGAUUCUGGAAGUCGUUACCUUCAUCACACGAGUUCACACCGUGGAGCGAGCACGUGGGAAUCGCCCCACGGUGGACCCCUAUGGGAAAAACAAAUCCGUACAUCAGCAACAACAAACCGAAAAAAUGGAAUAACGGUUCUUGUUACGGGUGCUGCCGGUUUUGUAGGAAUGCAUGUUUCUCUUGCGUUAAGAAAGCGUGGUGACGGCGUUGUUGGGAUUGAUAAUUUUAAUGAUUAUUAUGACCCCGAGUUGAAGCAAUCACGGCGGAAAUUGUUGGAAUCAAAAAACGUGUUCAUCGUGGAAGGUGAUAUUAAUGAUAGCGGACUUUUAGAAAGAGUUUUUGAGGUUGUGAAAUUUACACAUGUGAUGCAUUUAGCGGCGCAAGCAGGAGUGCGUUAUGCGAUUGAGAAUCCGCAUUCUUAUGUUAAUAGCAACGUGGCUGGUUUGGUCACGUUGCUAGAACAAUGUAAGUCAACAGAGCGGCAGCCCGCCAUUGUAUGGGCGAGCUCCAGUUCUGUUUAUGGGUUAAAUGAUAAAACACCUUUUUCAGAAGCGGAUCGAACAGAUCGACCCGCUUCCCUAUAUGCAGCUACUAAAAAAGCUGGUGAAGCAAUUACGCAUAGUUAUAAUCAUAUUUAUGGGUUGUCGAUAACCGGUUUGAGGUUUUUCACGGUUUAUGGCCCGUGGGGUCGGCCCGACAUGGCAUAUUUUUCUUUUACACGGAAUAUUUUAUAUGGGAAACCGAUAACUAUUUAUCGAGGAAAGGACCGGGUGGAUUUGGCUCGGGAUUUUACUUACAUUGAUGAUAUUGUGAAAGGAUGUGUAGCGGCAUUGGAUACUUCGGGUAAGAGUACUGGGUCGGGUGGGAAGAAGAGGGGAGCAGCACCUUAUCGGAUAUUCAAUUUGGGGAAUACUUCACCAGUGACAGUACCAACAUUGGUAAGCAUCUUGGAAAAGAAUUUGAAGAAAAAGGCCAAGAAAAAUGUGGUGACAAUGCCUGGGAACGGUGACGUUCCGUUCACACAUGCGAAUAUUAGUCUGGCCCGGAGGAAACUUGGUUAUAAACCAACAACCGAUUUGCCAACCGGGCUGAAAAAGUUUGUUAAAUGGUAUUUAGAUUAUUACAGCCAUGAUCAAGAAAAGUUUGUAAAUCAUUAGCUGCUUUUAUUGUACUUUUGUUAGUGCUUUUAGGGUAGACAUAUGCAUUGUAAGUUAAGAAACAAAGAGAUUUUAUUUUUUUUUAGGGAUGACGGAUGAAGUAAAACUAAUAUCUAUCCUUGGUUUAA